GCCAGCGGCAUUUCCACUUCAAAAACUAAAAGACGAAAAUUGAGAUUAAAGAAAAGACGAAGAAUCGCGUCGCGCUCGCUGUCGUGGUCUGUGGUGGUCUGUGCUGGACUGAGGUGGAUUCUACCGGAGUCUACAGAGAGUGAAACUUUUCAAUGAACUGCACCAGGGUCCUCCACGUCCUGAGCCCUUGCCCCGGCGGUCCAUCUCCCAUCAUGCCCGUCGACAUGGCUGUAAGGAUCUGUCUGGCCAGCUCUCCUCCGCUGCGCUCCUUUCUCAGUAACUAUGACAACCGCUGUUCUUCAUCAGCGGCCACUCUGUUGAAGCGUUGUGAACCGCUGCGACCCUGUCUGUCCUCCAUUCACUGUGGCGACGCCUUCGGUAACAACGUCAGCGCGGCGACCACGGCCUCGACGUCAGCGAGCGCAGAGAUCAGCAGCGGCCCGGCGUGGCUGAAGAAGAAGAAGAAGAAGAAGAACGUGGUGUUUGCAGACUCUCAGGGCCUCGCGCUCACCGCCGUCCACAUCUUCAACGAGGCCGAGGACUACGCACUUACCGAGCUGCAGUUCCACCUGAUGGAGAUAGAGGGCGCCACAGCCGGACUACACCUGGGAGAUGACAAAGAAGCUGCAGAUUGUGGUUCAGGCCUGGUUCUGGACUUCAUCCAACCGGCUGAAGACUAUCUGGACCUGAGGAACCGGCUCAAAGCCCAGCAGGUGUGUCUGGAGACCUGUUCUAUAAGGGAGCGUCUGCUCUCAGGCACCGUUCAGGUCCGAAACCUCUCCUUUGACAAGUCCGUAUCGGUCCGGAUCACCUUUGACUCGUGGCGCUCCUUCCAGGAUGUUCCGUGUCUGUACAUGAACAAUAUCUAUGGCUGCCACGACACCGACACCUUCUCCUUCUCUGUCUCGGUACCAGAGGUGCUCGAGCCCUCCAACACAGUGGAGUUCUGCAUUCAGUACCAGACUCAGGACCACACCUUCUGGGACAACAAUCAGGGGAACAACUACCGGCUGGCGGUGGCGGACCCGAACGGCAGCCCGACCCGGAGCACUGAGAGUACCGUCGGGCUGGAGAUCCAGAGAGGCCGCGGUCGAGAGGAGAGAGAGGAGAUGGAGUUUGAUCCCUUUGGAAGUCCCAGGACUUCAGCAGGGAUCUUCCCUGAGUGGCAGAGCUGGGGUCGAGUUGAGACUAGCGCCCCCUACUGGUGAGGCCACCACAGGACAUGUUUUUAUUGUUGCACUCACUCUGUGAUUUUUUUCCCAAGAUGUAAGAGAUUCACAGGACCCUCACAUGAGCACUGAAAGACUGCAUUAUAUCCACUGAAGGUUUUCCAGGCGUGUUGGUAGGAUACACUACGGAUCGCUCUCACUCCAGUCACUUUAGCUGCCCUAACGUUAACCAUUUAGAGUCGUUAUGAAAGACGAGCUUUAACAUCUGGCAUCUGUCUGGAGAGUGGACGGACUCAGGACAAAAGCCGGUUCAGCGUUCAGUCGAAAUGUCUCGGCCCAACACUCGUGAUGAAUGAAGCCCCAGGAUCUGCGCAAGUGGUUCUGAGUGCUGACACUGGGCCAAAAGUGGCCUGAAUACUGCACACCGGAGCUGAAUCUCAGCUCACAUCUGAGCUCUGCACCCCAGCAAACAACUCCCGCUGCCCUAUAAGAGCCAGGCCUUGCUCGCUUCUGGUCCUCCUGUGCGGGAACGCAGUUUGCAAGGCAUCAGAGAGCUUCGUAUUUUUAAAUAUGCAAGGGUGACGAUGAACUUAGUAGCAUUAAGAUAUUCACCAGAGAAUCAGCAGUCAAAAUAAGGGCUUUUUAAAAGCAUCCAAAGGAUUUGGUGAUCUCUAAGGCUUUAGAAGUCUCACACGGACUCCUAAGUGCUUUCUUAAAACUUCCCAAAGAUCCAUGGGAGGUUUAAGGCCUAACAAAAACCUCCACAAGGCUUCAUUAUAAUUUCUAAAACUUCACAACAUUUUACUCUACAAGCUUUUCACAUGAGUUUUUGAAUGCACUCAUAGUGGUUUGUAUAAAACAUCCAAAGUAUGAAUUAAACAUUUCAAGACUUCAUAUUCUCCAGCAUCACAGUUGAGUUAACAAGUCCUGUUUUUGACAACUGAACAUCGUGAGGACGGUUUAUUCAAGGAGGAUUUAUAGACAUUCAGGUCCAAGGAUGUGACGUGUUCCUCAGCUCUUAUGGGAUUGUUUUUCCUGCAGUUUUCUCAUUGUUUCCUCCGUUUUCCAAGUCCAGACCUCCGUUCUUUCCACCAUAACAGCUGAUUCAUCAUUCUCAACACAAACCCUUUAGGACAUCCAAGUCCUGAAACAGCUGUCACAGAAGACCAGCAGCAUGACUUGAAAUACCAGCCGGAAAACAUUGUGUUCUAAAGAUUCAAGACGCCUGAGAGCAGUCAGACGAUCAGGGUCCAAAAAGAGAGAAAACAGAAACAAAGGAUUAAUUCCAGUUAUAUGUAUUUGCGCUGUGGGCUGAAUAAUGAAAACCCUUCUGCAGACUCUGGUUUAGGGUCGGACACAGUCUUGAAUCCUGCCUGCUUUGAUUCAGUUCAAGGAUCUUAAACAUCAAGACCCUACCCGAAAACCUAACCUGACCCAGUCCGGGUCUGGAGCAGGGUUGAACAUUUGGAUUAAAUCCAGUCACUCACAGACUUGAUUCCUCAAGUGGAUUCUCUGUGGACUUGAGAUGGAUUAUGAAUUGAAGUUCUAAGCGUUAGUUAUACGUUGUAUGUUAAGAUCUGAAAUCUUAUCCCCCCGCUUCAUAUCACCGCUGCAGUCUUUCUGUGAUGACUGUAAGCACCUCAGACAAGUGGUUUGAGGACUCAGCAAGUCCAGAGGGUGAACAUCUGGAGUCAUCCCAACCAGAGAGGUACUUCUGGAGUCCUCUUCUGGUUCAGCAGGAAUGUUUGUGUCCCUGAAGAGCUGUAAGUCAUUUUUAACAUGUCAGUGAUUUGAAGGGGUUUACAACAGGGGAGGGAGCAUUGGUUUUGAAUUGAAUCAAGUUCAGUCUGAAUGUGAGACUAAAAGAAUCUAAACAGACCAAAACUCAGAACCCUACAAGAAACUGCACUUUAGUCAUUAUUGUCCUGUGACCUUUGGCAUCUGCUGUUAGUCAGAAACCAGCACAUGUUAGUUGAUGUAAAUGUUAUUGUUGUUAUUAUUAUCAUUAAUGAUGGUGUCACAGGGUCAUAGUAAUAGUUUUAAUGGCAUCAGGACAAAACCACGGGCCUAUAACCAAUCAGUCAUUUUACAGAAGCAGAUCUUCAUCUUUCUGAAAAUGAACCAAUUGGUCUCUAGCAUGGAAACAGAGCUGUAGUACUGGAGUUUGGUCAUUUCUGUCUUGGGGGUGUUUUGACUCUGACUUUUCUGGAUCUAUUGGGAGUUUUAGCGGACUUGUCAUGGUCUCAUAAUACUCUGACUGUUCCCAGGAUUAAGGAGUUUGACCUGGACAUGACACUUGGGAGUUUUGACUCAAACUUGAAUCUGCCUCAUGGGAGUUUUGACUUGCAUGUGUUUUUAAUUGGAUGUCUUCCUGGGGGUGUUGACUCAGACUUGUGUAGAACCUUGUUUUGUCUGACUCUUGAUUUGGACCCUCCCCCGUUUGGAAUUGGACUUACUGAUGGGAUUAGUUGUUGAUUUUUCUGCACAGCUGGCCAGUUAAAAAGAGUCAUCCUCAAUCAUCCUUCUCUGAUCCGUUAGUUAAAAGAAAUAUUCUGGUGUUUGUCAACCAGUCUUAUAAUUGUGUGCAUUCUGACUAUGGGUCAUGCUAACUUUGCACUCGCCAUGUGAGUAAGAAAAUACAGAGCUUCCCUUUAAAAAUGCUUUUCUUUUAUUGGUCCACAGAUUGAGCUGUCUCAGUCAUUGAAUAUUUAAUGUCAUAAUCAUCGUCAUUAUUUCCCAGGCGGAUUUCAGUAUUGCUGUGUUUGACUGUUAACAUGAUGACAGCAAAUUAUAUUACAGCAUUCAGCUCACAGACUGUUACCAUUGUUCCUCCUGUCAUGUUGAUAUUUUAUUUCCUGAAUCAUGUGAAUGCAGCAUAAAGGGGAAGGUGAGCGGAGAGGUCAGAGGUUAAACGUUAAAGGAGACUGCAGUCUGACAGGUUUGACAGAUGUUGUAUUUCUUUGUUUUUCUUCCUGUUAGCCUAAAAACCCUCAUAUUAGCAUGUGGCUAUAGUAUUUCUGUUCCCCUGGUAACGGGUAGUUAGUGACCUUAGUUGUUCCAGAAUGUUGUUGUCAUGGUAACUGCUGUAGAUAGAGAGCUAAUGAGAAACCUGCACUUCCUGUUAGCUCCUGUAGCCGUACCAGUUUGCCUUUACUAAGACUAAGCUAAGAAACACUUCUAGUGCUCUUACCCUGCGUGUGUGUGUGCGAGUGCGUGUGUGUGUGCGUGCGCGUUGGUUGGUGUAUACAUAAAGCAUGUGACAGGAAGUCUUGCACACUGAACUUAAUGUAAAUUGAAUGUGUUAAAAGUUUUUGUCAGAAGUCGAGAUGGUUGACUGCUGUUAGCCUCGUGCUGCGUUCAUGUCACCUCAGAUUUAUGUAAAUAACAACCAUAGACCUCAGAAACACCUGGUGCCUUAUGGGGAUGAUGACAGGUGGGUUUUCUGGAGUAGCUCAGUCGGUGGGGCACCAAGACCUGCACGGUGCGGGUCAUGUGACCGCUCACAAGGUCAUCUUUUAACAUGCUUACUGCUAGUUCUUUGAACUGUUAUAAUUUUAUCUUAAAGACAUUAUUGACUUACAAACAUUAUUGAUGAUGCCGUACUUUUACUGCAGGACCUGGAAGCUGUUUCCUGUCAUCAUCAGCCUGUAGGAGAUGAUCUGGAUUCUCAGAUGUGCAUUUAACAAUUAAAUAUUUGACCAGGGCAGCGUCUUUCUGCCUGCUCUGAUCUGAGGUCAGUUUUUUUGAACAGUUCUGAAAACACAAAGUCUCACCAGCUUUUCUUCCCGUCAGUUCAAGCAGUGCAUCAGCAGAGAUUGGCUGGAGCUCGGGUCAAAGGUCAUAAAUUUGAACCUCCUGCAAGAACUGAGUUGAAGUUCACUCUUUAUUCUGACGUAACAUGAACGCAACACGUGAGCUAGCCACCAGUCAGUCAGAGUUACCUUGUGCUAACUUAACAGUUGUGAUUAAUGGCAUUUCGCUUGGUUAGCUGCAGGCUAGCCAGCUACUAGCAUUAUCAACUGUACUGUAGCAGGCUGUAUUGUAAAGUGCAAUGGAAUGAAGAUGAAGAUGUAAUGAAUUUCUGAUGUAAACAGGAAGUGAUAUAAGCAGGGAGUGAUUGACUGUCCCUUUUGUGUUUGUCCUUUCAGAAUAAAAGUCUAAUGUUG